AUGUUCCUUCGUUCAUCAUCCUCUCGUCAAGACGAUCCAUCCAAAAAACAACAACAAUUAGGAUCCAUCCAUGGUCCCGUUCUCUUUGAAAUUUUCAAAUAUCUCCAUUCCAAACAUUUACUCUCUUCCAUCGUUCUCGUUUGUCGUGAAUGGAAAUUCAUCGUUGCCGAAUGUGUCAUGAAAUUAGAAUUAAAAGAAAAUAAUUAUUCCGAGUGGUAUCAGGAACAAUUGAAAAUCUUUGGUUCUAAUCCGAGUGCAAACACGAGUGUGAAGUGUCCUCAACAAGUGAUCUAUUCUCAUGUGAGUCAAUUAUUGACAUCGAUCGCGAAUUUUGAAAAUUUACAAGAACUUUCUCUGAUUGGAUAUGAUGCAUUGAUGAGUAGUGAUGAUAUGUGGAAAUUGUUGACGACUUUGAAACAAUUGAAACGAUUGUUAAUUUCCGAUUCUCAUUUAUUGGAAGGACAAUUGGCAAGAAGAUUGACGUUUAAAGAUCAAAAGAGUGUGAAUCGUCAAGCCAGUUCUGGAAAUCAUGAAACAUCUGAAAAGAAGGGUUUAUUUUCUAAAUUAUUUUCAAAAAACAAGACGUCUUAUGUUUCAUCGACCAGUGGACUCUUGUCGAACGAAUUGGAAGCAAGCAAAGGACCUCGAUCUGUGAAAUAUUCCGAUCGAAGUACACUGACAUUGAACUUUGAAAGAGUGCCUUGUAAGGAAAAGCUUUCUCUCAUACCAACGAUGGGCGUAGAAAAUUUAACAUGUCUAUGUUUAUUCAAAGUCUAUUUACCAGAUGCCUUGUAUUACACAUUGAUGGAAAAAUUAGUGAACUUGAAAGAAUUUCGAAUGGUGGAUUGUAAUCUCACAAAAUUCGAACUCUAUUCAUUAUCGAAAUGUCUUUCACAUGUUGAAAUUAAUCGAACGAAUUGUAACAAUGCAACAGUGACCAUCAGUGAUCGAAAAAAUAAUCUACUUUCACAAACUUUGGAAUUUUUAGUGUUCAAUAAUGUCAAGGUUGAGAGUGAACAUGCAUGGAAAUUUUGUGCGUCCUGUACAAAAUUAAAGACUUUGAAAAUGAGAAAAUAUUUUCAAGUACCUGCCGUAACUCAUAAUUUAACAUCUUUUACCACAACGACGAGUAUUGAAAAUCUUUCCAUUGAAAGUGUUGGAAUGGAUUCUAAAGAUUUAGAAAAAUUAAGCAAAUGGACACCCAAUUUAAAGAAAUUGGAAAUUUUACAUUGUCAAUCAUUGACAUCUCAAGAACAAUUGUUAAAAAUCAUCAUGGACAGUUUCAAACAAUUGACACAUUUUCGAGCUGUGAAUGUACGAGAUUUGGCAUCGAGUGACAUUAUUUCCACCAAUUUAGAAUUUCUAGACCUUUCAAGUAAUAAGGACUUUACGGGUACCAUUGAUUGUCAUUCUCUCAAAUAUUUAAAUAUUUCAGGAACAGCCCUCUCUGAUGUUGACAAGACCAAAAUUGUAAUGAAGAAUUCCUCUCUGGAAGAGUUGAAUUUAUCCAUGAUGGACUCUAGUGAAGCAAUUGGAAAUGCAUGGACUUUGGGAAUGUUAAAACGUUUGGAUUUAUCGUAUAAUCGUAGCGUCCAUGAUGAAAGAUUAUCAGAAAUUUUACAAUUCAUGCCCAUGUUGGAAUAUUUAAAUUUGAAAAUGUGUAAGAAUAUUCAUCAACUGCCACUCAAGAAGAAAUGCAAUCUCAAAAUAUUAUUGUUGAGUGGAACUCAAAUGAAUGAUCAAGCGUUAGUGGAAGCAACCAUGUGGACACCAGAGUUACAACGGUUGGAUGUCGAUUGUUGUGGAAUGUUGGAGAAUCCAGAAUUGUCUCAUCUUUCGAAAUUAUCAUCUCUGGAUGUGAGCGAAAACACGUCCUUUACUCUCACGACCAUUCUGAAAUUGGCCAAACAAAUUCCAUCAUUACGAAAUUUUUAUGUUCGAUGGAUUUCAAAUUUGAUUACCAAUCACACCAGUUCGAAAGAAUUAAUGGAUGCAUUUAGAAAUUUAUUAUUAUUGGAUUUGACUGGAAGUGUUACCAGUACCUGUACAGCUCUUAUUCAAUUGAUGCAUGAGUUUAAGGAUUUGACCAUUGUUUCCAAAACACCAGUUUUUAGAUGUGAUAGUAUACCAAAUCCUUUUACUGUUUUUGGAACAAAGCUAUAA